CCUUUAUUUCCUGGAAGGAGGAGCGACCCGGCAAGCAAGCAGGCAGGCAGGUAGCGGUCUGUCACUGCCUCGUUACCGGAAUAACGGAAGCUCGUUUCUGACCCGUUAACCGCCGUCUGAGCCAUCAAACCGGAUGCCUCUAUGGUCCAGUUAACCGGACAGCGGGAUACACGGUGUUCAGUUUACUCAAGAGGUGAGCCAUGGCUGAACAGACUUCUGCCCGACCCCAGAGGAAGAUGUCCACCUCCGGGGAGAGCGUGUACAAGGUCCUAGGCCUGGAGAAAGGAGCGUCGGCCGAGGAGAUUAAGAAGGCGUACAGAAAACUGGCGCUGAAGUACCACCCGGACAAGAACCCGGACAACCCAGACGCGGCGGAGAAGUUUAAGGAGAUCAACAACGCCAACUCCAUUCUGAACGAUGACAACAAGCGAAGGAUUUACGACGAGUACGGCUCCAUGGGCCUUUACGUCUCCGAACAGUUCGGAGAGGAGAGCGUCAAAUAUUACUUCCUCAUGUCCAAAUGGUGGUUUAAGAGUCUGGUGCUGUGCUGCACACUGUUCACGUGUUGCUGCUGCUGCUGCUGCUGCUGUUUCUGCUGCGGGAAGUGCAAACCCCCCGACGACGACGAGAGCUACCAGUACGUCGACCCGGAAGACCUGGAGGCUCAGAUCAGAGCGGACCAGGACGGAGGUACGACUGUAAUCAUAAUCCAGCCAGCAUCUGAUCUGGGUCCAGAAAGCCCAGCGGAGCAGAGUAAGCCCAUCCCCCUGCCUCUGCCCAUGCCUCCACCUGAGCCCCUGUCGCCUUCAUCCGCCGACCCGCCGGGGGGAGAAAACCCCGCAGACAGCUCACAAGAGUCCAAGUGACUCGAAAGUGAUCGUUUGUUUCAGUGUCAACUAGCUAACGCAGGAAGCCUUUCGAGGCCCUGCUAUGAUCCAGCAACAUCUGGCUGCUGUGAGCAGCCCAGAGAAAAGCCAGCCCUAAAUUACCAGCCACGGCCAACCAACGACCGACCGACCGAACGAGGCCAAUAACCACCAACCAGCUCCCCUCGCUCCUGGUUUCUGAAACGUUUCUGAUGCUGGUUGUGACUUCACACGUGUGUUAUACGCCAAACUCUCCUGUUCGUCCUGUUUCUACCUGCUAACGAUGGGAUCAGGGGGAGAUGUGGAGGGAUUGUUUAUUGCUUUUCAUUUUAGAUACAGUUGGUCAUCUGGUGGAGGACUUUUUUUAUUUUUUUUACAUACCCCCCCCCUCCCACAUACACAUUUACUUAAACUUUUAACACCUUUGGGGUAGAAGGUUGGUGGUAAAUUUGAUGCCAAACAUCCUAGAAAUUCCAGCUGCUCAGCAGAAAACGAGCCAUUAAGACUUAACGAGGACGUGGAACCAGUUACGGCUGCAUCGACUUCCUCCAUCAGCCACCAGAACUCGCUCUUGUUACUAAUGCGGGAAAGAAGAAGAAGAAGAAGAAGAAGAAGAAGAAGAAGAAGAAGAAAAAACGGCUUGUUAGCCUCCCUUAAAAAAAACUGCUGCCCUCGUCAGGAUCGCCGCUACAUUUCCUGGUCUGAUGCUAAACGUCUGAGCCGUUAUCCGGAGAAAGGAAGACCUCCGUCAUCAGCAUGCGCUCACCCCUUUCGUUCUUCAGCUGCACGCCUCUCCUCCGUACCGCAUGGAGACCCGAACCACAGAACGCUGACAAAAACAAAACAAAAAAAACCACAAAAAACUGCUCCGCUUUCUCCUGCCUCCUCUGGUGAAACGCAUCAUGUGUGCGAACCCAAACCUUGCAGGCCCUGCUGGGGCUAAAGGCAGCGCCGUGUUGCUCAUUGGCAUGACGCAGGGGGUUGGAACCAGCAUCUUUAGCGGCGGAAGGCGCUAAACUCUCUGCCAGGCGGGUCUGCCGCCGCUUCCUGUAGCUUUUUGGUCUUUGCAGGUUAUGUUGUGCUCGUUGCAUCCCGGCCGUGCUAAAGAGACUAUCAGCGUCUGCCUGUAGUCCAGAUCGAAGUGCAAUCCUUCGUUUUUAAUCAUCUUUAAUUUAUGUCGUAGCUUUAAACUAGGCGUUGGGGGG